CGCCUGAUGGGCGCCCGCCGGUGCCCGCCCCCGGCGCGGCAGUUCCGGCAACGCGGCGUUCCGCCGGGAGCCGUGACCCGGCUGUGGAGCCCUCGGCUCCCUGAGGGCCACACGGCGCUGGCGCCACCGCGAAGGAGAGUUGGACCGAAGUCCAGCCCGGGCCUGGUCCCGGUGCCGCAGCCCUCGGGGUACGCGAGAUUCUGGUGAGCCGGGGUGGCACGAGGGGUCCCGGUGGGCUGCCGGCGGAGGCCGCCGGGAAAAGUGAGCCCCGUCGCAGGCACGGAUGAGCUCCGUCGGGCGCUGGGCUGGAUCCAUGGCAAACAGAUGAGCCCUCCGCAGAGGGGAGGGAACACUCCGUGCUCCUAGGUCAGGAAAACAUGUCCCGUCGGAAACAGACCACUCCUAACAAAGUUCACUCCUGCUGUGUGUCUGGAGGGCCCAGAAAUGCCGUGCAGUGCCCUGACGAGGAUAAUCGGAGAAAACACCGGCUCCAAGAACGGGGCUACGGGGCUGGGGGACUGCCUUUUGGAUUUGCAUAAAUACGACUGUGCAUAUAUGACUGGACAAAUUUGAUGGGAGGAUGGUGCCUACUUCUUCCUUGCAUGGCCACUCCAUCUUCUCUUCCUUCUUGGACUGACUAGGUAACCACUACAGCAGUGUGGACAACCCAGAAUAGCCAUUGGGCAGGUGGAAUAGAUCCACAGUGGUGGAAAGACUUGCAAAUUUCAGGUCCAGGAACACAGAGAAGACCUACAUGAACAGGGACUUUUAAUUUAUGUACAAGGAGGGAAUAAACUGACUCAUCUCUGAGAGACUGUUCUAUUUAGGAAGGAAGGCAGGAGAAUUAUAUAGUCCCUUUGGAUUUUGUUUUGUGGAUUUUGGGGUGGGAGUUGUUUGUUUCUGUGUUUAUUUUCCAGAACACCUGAGAGUUAUCCUGCAUUCAUACAGUUCAAGAAGGGAAGGGCUCAGGGCUGAUACCCUAGCAGUCAUGCCUGCCCAUGAUAUACAGUACCACAGGGCUGUCCCCUAUCUCCAGCACUGCUGACUUGGCAUCCCUCUCAUUCCCAGCAGUAUGGAGAGGAGAAUGGAAUACAAAGCAGAGGCAUUUGUGUCAUCUCUCUUGUCCUACAUCUCUAGCGGUUUGUAAACAAAUACAGAGAUUUGUUUUGGUGUUUGGUCAGCCUGCAGCCCUGUUUGUAUUUAAUAAAGAAACUUCUGGAGAAGAGUCUGUGAAUUCACUGUUGAGCAUAACAUCCUUUACUUAUGGCAGUGAUCCUAAAGCUGUUGCCUGUCCAACUCCUCUUCCAAGUGACUGGAAGCAUACCCAAAGUGGGGUGGAGGUGGGGGUGUGUCUGUUCAUGAGCAUGUGUGUGCAGAAACAUCAAAAGUAUAACCCUGGACCUAUCCAACAUUAAAGCUGUAAAGAUUCAUCAAAGGAGGACUUAGUCUGUCAGUAGAUGAACAGGACACUCCUAAGUUCAUUUGUAUUACUAUAAUAUAUAAGAAAUUUUGUACAGGUGGAAGACAGUAUUUUUCCAUGUUUGCCUUUCCCAGUCCCGUGAUGUUUUUUAGGUAGAGGCUGGGGAGGAUGCACAGGACAUGUCCUGCUAACAGCACGGGUUUGGUUAACAGCUUGCAUUGCUGGCUGUAAGCUGGUUGUUCUCUGCACUGUGCCGAGUCAAUGCUCACAGGGCUCUGGGGAUGUUGCACAAAGGCUGGAGGCACACACAAUUGCUCAGUUACUGUGACUGAUGACAGUGUUCCUUAUGUGAGAAGUUCCUUCUUCUGUCACCUCAGAUAAAGAUCCCAGCUUUUAAAUCCUGCAGACUGUGUGCAUGGUUUGUAUAGCUGAGCAGGAACCUGCCCUGCCUUUGGACUCCGGGCUGCUCCUCAGUGGGAGUAUAAUCUGUCUGAAAGGGAAUAGGGGGAGGAAAACAAACACGUAAUUGCUUCCACGAGCAGCCUCAGUGGCAUUUGGGAAUUCUGUUUUGGAAUUCUGUCAAAGGUGGCGGCACAUCUGCCAUCGUAGUUUUACAUCAGUCCUGUGUUCUGCAGGUUUCCUCAUUUCACCAUGCUUUCUCUUGCAAUGCUUUUUUGGUCUAUGGACUUUUAUCCUGGUGGUUUGUAGUUUUCUGCUUCUUGGAGAGGCACUGGAAUUCUGUGGUGUAUGCUGCUUGUACAGUCUGUAUCUCAGUCCCACCAAUGUGAGGCUGUAGUCCCAAUAUAAAAACAUCACUCCAGGUCAUGAAAACCAUUCAGUGCUGGGAUGGCUUCUGAGGCGGUGUCACAGCAGUCCCUGCUGCUUUCAAUGACAAAUAGACUUGGUGCUCCUCAGCACCUCUGCUCAGACACAUGGAUUGUGUUCUCAAAUCUUCUUUACAGCACUCUUUCUCACAUUUCUGAAAGAGAAUGAUAAAAGCCUUCAAAUGCUUUUGGAAACCUACAUGGGGACAUUGGUAACUAAAACUCUUCUCCCACAAUCUCAGUGAAACUUGUGAAGGUCUUUGAAAUCUUCUAUAAAUCACAGCUUUUUAAAGCCCUGCCAAAAUUGCACGGUGAGCUCCAAGGAAGGCAGUGUGAAUGGGAACAUGGAGCAGCACUGGCUGGAACAGUUCAGCACGUGGGAAUGUACCUGUCCUUGUAAGAGGACUGGUGCUCUCUCAGGAGUUCAAUUUCUUGGUUAUACUGGUGCCAGCUGUGGCCCUGUACUAAAAGGUAACUUUGUCUUCUGAAAGCUGUGUUUUGAUUUUAUGUGAAAAAUGCACUGCGUUUUCCUUGGCAUUUUCACAUUGGUGCUUUGAAUGGUUCUUAAGCACUUAGAAAUCAGUUGAUAAAUGCACCUCAAAAGCCAGCCUGCUGGGAGCUUCAGCACCUUUCCCAAGCCCCCCAGCUCAUCCACUGGAAAAGGUAAAUUAUGAUUACACCUGGAACAAUGUAAUUUGUUUUCUUUAAUAUGAAAAUUAAUGGUUGCCUUUUAUUGUUAUUCUCUGGAACCAAAACUUCUUUGAGCAGGGAUUGCUGUAAGAAGUUUUCAUUUAGAGCACAAGUAAAUACUUUCUUUCAAGGUGUUCACCAUGUCCUAUUGAGCUGAAGUACUAGUGGUCACUGUUUUCAACUGAACAAAUUGUUUUGCCCUAAGCAUGCAUCUCAGAUCUCUGGAGUCAUUCCCUUAGGUUUCUGUUUUGAGCACAUGAAGUGCCAAUGAGAUUUAUUUUAGUGAGAGCUAUUCCUGGGCAAGGCAGUGUAGUUUACUAUCCAUCAUAUACACAGGAGAACACCAGCUCCAAGCAUAGACACCUUCUGUAAAGGCAGCUUGUCCUCAUUUCUCCUAGGACAGAAGAAAGUGACAGAGCAUGCCAAGGACAACCCCUAGUUUUCAGAUCACUGUGGAGGGCAGAUGAGGUACCAGGCACUUAGGAAGGUGCUAUUUUUGAGUGAAAUGCCUGCUAUAGCCAGGAAUAAGAGUUAAUAAUUUAGAAGAGCUAUACAGUAAAAUCCCUGAUCUGGGAUACUGUCACAGUCCCCAGGGGCUUCCCCCCACCCUUAGCUGUGCUGUAGGAUAUUGGUGGAUAGCUUGGCAGCAGCAAGAGCCACCUGGCUAUUUAUGGCAGAUAUAUGGAGUCACAGAUAUUUUGUGGCUGGAGUGGGCAUACACAUAGUAUGCGGACAGCAGCCCAGUGCUCACAUUGCCACUAGUGAGACUCUUCUACAUCCAGGCACUGGACUCACAUCAGCAGGUGCCAGAGGCUAGUGUGGCAGGGUAGGCAAGCAGAGAAGUGACCUAAGUGCUUUCCAGGAGGUGAUUCCAGAGGUUCUGCACAGUGCAGGUGAGCAGCUCCAUGCCUGUUGUAUUUUUGGCAAGCUUUGGUGAUGAGAAGCAAUGGAACAGCACCAGUCUGACUCUUUGUCUUUGUGGCUGCUAGGGGAGCAAGUCUUUGCAGGGCUGGAGGAGCAAGCCCGCCAAGCCAUGAUGAAAAAUAGCUUUCCUGGAACUCUUGGGGACCAAAGGCCAACAAUUCAUCCACUGCAAGACCCUGACUCCAGCAGCAGUGGCAGUGAUGAUGAGGAAACCACUCAGGAUGAAGUUUCUUCCCAUACGUCUGAGGAAGAUGGCUCAAUGGUGAAAGUGAAGAAGGAAUUAGAAAAUGCAGAACGACCUGUGGCUGGAACCCCAUUGAUAAGAGAAAAUGAGGUGUCCGAGAGUGUGAACGCUGAGCCCAUACUGGGACUGUCACAAUGCCCCCUCUGCCAGCUCGAGUGUGGAAGCAGAGAUCAACUCAUCGCACACGUCUAUCAGCACACUGGAGCGGUGGUGAGUGCCAAGAGCUACCUGUGUCCUGUGUGUGGCAGAGCUCUCAGCUCCCCAGGAUCCCUUGGGAGACAUCUCCUGAUCCACUCAGAGGACCAGCUGUCCAACUGUGCAGUUUGUGGAGCACGCUUCACCAGCCACGCCACCUUCAACAGUGAGAAGCUGCCAGAGGUGCUCAGUGCGGAUCGGCUGCCGGCACCACAGAGCCAGGGCCCCUCCUGCACUGAGGGUAAGGAUGUUGCCUUCUGCACCCCUGUGUAUCCUGCGGGCAUCCUCCUGGUGUGCAACAACUGUGCUGCAUACCGAAAGCUGCUGGAGGCACAGACGCCUGGCAUGCGCAAGUGGGCCCUGCGGCGCCAGAAUGAGCCCCUGGAAGUGCGGUUGCAGCGCCUGGAGCGGGAGCGUACGGCCAAGAAGAGCCGGCGGGACAAUGAGACACCUGAGGAGCGCGAAGUGAGGCGCAUGCGGGAUCGAGAAGCCAAACGGCUGCAGCGCAUGCAGGAGACAGAUGAGCAGCGGGCACGGCGGCUGCAGAGGGACCGGGAAGCCAUGCGCCUAAAACGUGCCAACGAGACCCCUGAGAAGCGACAAGCCCGGCUCAUCCGCGAGCGUGAAGCCAAGAGGCUCAAGCGGCGCCUGGAGAAAAUGGAUAUGAUGCUCCGGGCACAGUUUGGCCAGGACUCCUCUGCCAUGGCCGCUCUGGCAGCUGAAAUGAACUUCUUUCAGCUGCCAGUGAGCAACGUGGAGCUGGAGAGCCAGCUGCUGGGCAAAAUUACCUUUGAGGAGCAGAGCAACAAUGCGUUGCACUAAACCACAGCCAAGAACUGUGCUGCCUUUGUUGCACCUGCCACAUAUGCACUAGCAGGCUUCUGCACUCAGGAGGCUGCUGCGGGUCCCUGCCUCAUCCUCCCUGACAGGUGGUUCUGGUUUUCCUCUGAACCCAGGAGGAGACCAGAGCUGAGAGAUGCCUGCCAAAGCAGCUCUAAUGGGAGCAGAUUCUGAGGAUACAGUCUGCUCUGGGGGCCAAGUCACAGCCUGUGACAGAAUGAAAAUAAAUUAAUGUAUUAAUUAACAUUAAUUAAUGUUCACAUGUAUUAAUCCCCUUCUUUACCUUUUGUGCUUUGAUCUGUUUCUGGGCCCUUGCUGCCCAAAACGUCUACACUGCUGCAGUUCUGCUGUAGGUGAAAUCCACCUCAAUAAAAAAGGAUCUUGUUUACUGCA